AUGCCUCCAAAAGCUGCCGGAGCCAAUGCUGCGCGAAGAAAAGGUCCUGCCUUCAAUCCCCCGCGUCCUGUCAACGCCGCUCCCCAAGCCUCCUCUUCCACCACUGCAAAACGCGCUCCUGCACCAGUGGCAUCCCGCGCAACUGCCGCUGCAAACAAAAAGAAUGCCUUUCAGCCAGCAACUGACGUCAUCGAUCUUUCUGACGACGACGCGCCUGAAGAACUCAUAGAUCAAAUUGAUAGCGACGACUUCGACUCCAUAAUGGAAGACGUCGGGCCUGCGACUGCACCAGCUCGCUCAAAGCCCCCGCCAGCCAAGACGACCUUGUCUGACCCCGUCGUACCUCGGCCGCUGCUCGCGCGUCUGCUCCUCGAAAACUUUGAGGAUCCCGAUAUGCAGAUACAGACGGGCGCAAUGAAGCUUGUGGGCAAGUACAUUGACAUCUUCGUCACAGAGGCCUUCUUGAGGAGCAAGGACGAAAGAAAAACGACAGCCAAGAACGGCGGUCUUGUCGAUGGCUUCUUACAAGUCGAGGACUUGGAGAAGUUGGCACCACAGCUUGUGCUCGACUUUUGA